AUGAAGUAUUUAUUUCUAUUGGCAAUUCCCAUUGCGAUCUAUUCAAUUUCAUGUUCGUUGUACUAUACCUGGCUACCAACAAACUUUCGAUUUGAUAAGGAUGUUCUUCAACAAUUAGCCCAAGAGUCUAUCAAGCAACACCCAAACAAUAUCACCGAAUUAAUGAUUGAUUUGAGUGCCAAAAUUAACCAAGAAUACCCUGGACUUACUAAUAAAGUAAAUUUUAAUGAUUGGGUGUAUAAUAAUGCUGGUGGAGCUAUGGGAACCAUGUUUAUCCUCCACGCUUCGAUAACAGAAUACUUGAUAUUUUUUGGCACCGCAAUUGGAACAGAAGGUCACACUGGUGUUCACUUUUCAGAGGAUUACUUUAUGAUUUUACAAGGAGAAGAGAGAGCUGCAUUACCAGGAAGUUUGGAGCCAGAAGUGUACAGACCAGGUGAUUGUCAUCAUUUAGUAAGAGGUCAAGUUAAACAGUAUUCUAUGCCUGGAGAAUCGUGGGCUUUGGAGUAUGCUCAGGGUUGGAUUCCAUCAAUGUUAUUCUUUGGAUUCUUGGAUACAUUUACAUCGACAUUAGAUUUUCAUACCCUUUACUUGACGUGUUACUUCACUGCAAAGGAUAUGUUGAAGAAUUUGCUUAGGGGGAAGUUUUAA